AUGCGUUUGACCCAUCUUUUAACAGCAUCAUACUUCUUCUCUAUCAUGUUAGUAAGCCAACAUAUAGCUAGCGUCAAGGCCACGAUUAUCCGUAAUGAAGGCAAUUCUGGUGAUAAAGGUGGCUAUACGAGCAAACGUUAUUUUAAUAAUGUUUCAAUAGCGAAAAAUGAACGACGUAAAUCAAAGGAUCCUGGUCCGAUGAGCCCAGAUACGGGUACAGGCCCCAGUAAUUCUCCACCCCCCAAACGUUUCAGCAAGGAUUCUGAACAGCUACCUCGAGCAAUUUCAGAUAAAGAUCCACAUGAUAAGAAAGAUCAUCAGACACCUCACUAG